CGGGCGCGCUGUUUCUAAAUCGACUACGAGCCGCGCCCGUUGGGUGGAGCGCUAUUCACCCUCCUGCAGCUGCGCAACACACACCCUCCCGCCGUGCGCUGUCUGCUGCGCGUUCGUGCCCGGCACUGUUGCUCACUCAUCGCUCGCUUUGGGCCGGCGCGCCCCUUUCAUUCGUUUGCUGCAUGUCACACCAAACACACCUCGACCCUCUGCAAAGUACUCACUCCUCCGCUGUCACGUCCCAGCCCUUCCACGGUCUUGGCGCUACCUCCACCCUUCAGCAAUCGUGAGCAUUGAUUAGACUAGGUGGAAGUGGAGCCACGGCCUUACCCAUUCGGUUGUCAGAUCUUUCAGCCACGUUUCUGCUCUACCUUGUCACCCACCUCGCCCAGUGUAGCGUGAUCAGGCCGAUUCCGACCAGACACGCCCGCCGCGAGAACCUUCGAGGCCACUGCCACCCCGGACAUGCCUGAUUCUCUGUUCUCUGCUGGUCGUGCCAAAUUCAAGGAUACGCAGGACCAGUACGCUUCAGCCGCACCUGCCUGCUCUCCUGCCAUUCCUGCGACACCGGAUGAAGGCACGGGUGCCUCUUUCCCCGGAGCUCAAGGACGUGCCGACGUACCCUGGAACGAAGAACACUGUUCCUUUUUUGAUGCAUCUGUUCCACAGCCUUUCCCGCUACCUUCCGCCUCACCACAACCGCUCGCGACCCCAGCUCUAGACAAUCAACCGCAGCUGGAUUUGACCUUUGCUGGAACCUUCUUGCCCACUGACGUGUCAUUGCCCUCUCCCACGCUGGCCAGGACCGCGCCGACUUUUCGAUUGCCCUCGUUUGACGUCCUAGGUAUUGCUGCGCCCCACCCUGACCGUAUCCCGUUACACUCCACAUUUUCCUUUUCGUCACUCGGUGCUGGACCUUUAUCGAAACCAGAGGACCCUCUCCAUGCGCUCAGCCCACCAUUGGAGUUUCGCCGCCAAGCCGACAAGUCCGUCAAUUCUGCUGCCGCCAGCCCGAGAGCCAGCAGGAAACAGCUGGAACAUCAGGUGUCGACCUUCACUCCUCCGUCGGAACCGGGGACGUUCAAUUGGGGAUCGCUCGUGAGGGUUAAGACAGCGGGUGCAGGUUCCCCACCCAGCUCAGAACCUGGAGUAUCGCCAAAUCUUACUCUCACGGAAAGUGCAUCGGCGCCAGGGCAGGCUCCAAUCAUCGUGCCGACUUACGCGGACGAAAUAAGCGAGGCGGUUAGGAUGGCAUUCUGGAUUCAGAACGUCAAGAACAUUCUCACUACCGAGUCACAUGCUCUGGAACUCACACAAGUGAAAGUGCUCUCGCACGCUCUGCCUUGCCCUUCUCUUACUGGUCACCUCUUCGGCCAAGUCAUCGCGGCAAUACAUGACAGGACCAACUCGCAUACAUCGUGGAUCAACGUCUUCCAUGCCGUCCCCGGUCGUUUUACACUCUCCGAUCUACCCAAGUCGCCGCCGUCGACCCCGGGGCCAGCUGUUGGAGGAGACGAGUACUUCACAUCGAAAGUCUUUGACAGCGCCGUUGCCAUACCCGACUACCAGCUCGAUUCGAAACUUCUCCCCCCAUCUCCGCGGCCGGUCGUUCCUCCAGGAAGCAUCAACAUAUCGAUAGUCGAGCGAUUCAUACCACCUACUAACUACAAUGAGUAUGCGGAGAUGUUUGCGUUCAAAGGGCGGUCACUGUUAUUCGAUCGCUUAGUGGAGCUCUCGCCCGACAACGGCACACUUCUAUUUGUAUACCCGACACGGACUGGUGGGCGGACGUUCAUGAGGCACUACUUAGGACCGAUCUUAGACCCACUACUACGCACGGUGACAGUCAUCCACGAUCUGACAUCCGAUCUGGGGAAAAACCUUGGCACGAUGACUUCAGUAAACUAUCUGGACGAGUACGAGCAAUUAGCAGCGCACGUCGAGCAAUUCUGCAAAAAGUUGAACGGCGGCGAGUCCAGCCGGAAGAGCAUCAGCGAGCAACAAGUCAUCUACGAGGUCAUCCAGGCCUCAAAAGAGGAAACGAUGCUGGAAAGAUCCGCUUGGGCGGACGACUGGUGGAUCAAGCAAGAAAAGCCCAGGGUCCGUGAGAUCGUAACAAAGUACUUCCGGAAAGCAGCGCGUCUGCCCACCAACACAGAGAUGACGAGUGCGCAUCUCAUCGAAGAGGUACUGAACGGUGUAUCGAAUCGCGAGUACCUGGGCGGAGGGCCAAAGAAGGGCGUCGAAGUCGGUGUUUUCAUCAUCAAGAAGUCGCGGUCUACGUAGAACGUGGAUCUGACGAUACUCAACGACCGGAGACGCUCCAGUAGCAGUUGUUGCAGUGGGACCUGUCCCACAGAAGAGAGCGACAUCGGUGCACCGUGAGAGAAGAUGAGAGAUGAGAUGUGUUAUGGCUGGCACGGCGUUACGACACAACCUUGUGUAUGAAAAGCAAUUUCGCGAUACCCUGAUUCGCAUUGCAUGGCGUGGCGUUCUUUCGAUUCAUGAACUGCAUCCGGGCUUGGGCAUGGUAUGGAUAUGCAACAGUUGGAAAUAUAAUAUUAAUCAUUCA